AAACACGCUUUGGAAGCGGAGUCAUCGAGAAGCCUGAGAAGCAUCAGAUUGGAUCCAGCGCUCAACGAACUCGUCGUCAUCGGCUCUGCUGUUGAGAACGUCGACGAUAUUGCAGAAACUAGUGAGAUAUCCAAGAAGGAGAAUGUGAAAUCUAAGGAGAACACGUCUACGUCAUCAGAAAGUGUUGUAAACAAGUCGAAGGAAGCACUUGCGGCUAAGAUGUCGAAAACACAGAUUUCCAAGUCGCAAGAGAAAGUUUCAAAAUCCGCUGAACUUUCGUCAGCUACCAAACCCAUUUCACAAGCCCGUAGGCCCUCCAUCGUGGCUUUACGACCACCUCCACAGUCAACUGAACCCAAACUCAGCUCACCAGAUCCUGUUCCAUCGCUCGAGGACUCUCAACCCCAGUCACAAUCUGCCAAGAGCUCUCCUACUUUAAAAACAGAGCUCGAGGACUCUCAACCCCCGUCACAAUCUGCCAAGAGCUCUCCUACUUUAAAAACAGAAGAAAGUUCAGUGGAGCAAUCAUUGACGACAAAAGGGAGUCGGUCGGAACGCAGUCUCAGCCAGCUUAAAAGUUCGGAACUGGUGGAUUCCUUUGACACAAGGAGCAAUCGCACCUUCGAAGCCAGUGAAUCGUUGUCGGGACCCAGAAAGACGAAACUGAGCUCUUUAAAGCGUGCCAUUAUUCCAAUCAUCAAAGGACAUAAACCUAGACCAGUUUUCAAGCCGUCAUCGUCGACUCCGGUGACCGCUAGAUCUCCGUCAUCCCCUGAUCGUACACUGGAUGCGAAACCUUUACCUAGCGGUCGCCCUAAACCAUCAUUAAGACCGUCAUCAUUGACUCCAGUGCGAAGAACCGCCAGAUCGCCAGCGUAUUCAGGUGCACAAGGAGCAAGACUUUCACCUACUGCUAGCGCCACAGCAGCACCUAGGCCAUCAUCGAUGACUCCGCCAAGUAGGACUGCCAGAACGCCAUCCCCACUCCCCAGCGUGGCACAAGGCAGCAAGAACUUCAGCCUAACUAGUAAAGCCCAUACAGCAGUAGCUAGGCCAUCAUCGUUGACUCCGCCAAGUAGGACUGCCAGAUCGCCAUCAUUCUCUGCACAAGUGCUCAAAACUGCUCGGUCGUCAUCUUUCUCUGGUGCACAAGGUGCAAGACCUUCGCCUAUUAGUGGUCCUGGACCAGCACGUAGACCAGCUUCAGUAACUCCAACGGGAAAAGCUGCUCACUUGCCAGUGUACUCUGAUGUGCGCAAGGAAGGUAAACCGUUCACCUACAAUGCCGGGACCGAUUUUCCAACACCAUCAAUCACAUUAGGGGCCAGAAUCAAAGAAGGGAUAAUUAGUUAA